GCGAGGAUCAGUCUUCAGGAACCUUUUUUUUAUAAAGCCAGGAGACGGCGGCGGGAUUCCAAUGGAGUUGAACGUGCGGUGCUUGAACAGUGGGUGUGAACUUAGAUGGGUCUGUGUGAUAGGGCAGAUCCAUCGGCCUCAAAACGGUAAGGAUGGAGUAUUGAGAGCGAAGGAUGUUGAGCUGAGGAAUAGACAGGAUGGUACUCACAGAUCAGGGGGUGAUAAUGACGAUACUGAUGAUGAUGAUGAUAAUAAUGAAGGUGCUAAUGAUGACAAGGAUGAUAAUGGUGUUAUGAAUUGUUGGAAUCAGUUGACUGGGAAUGGCAAUGAAGAUGGUGAUAAUGAAACGUUGAAAUCGUUGGAAUCACCUCAAAACGGUGAUGGUGAUCAUGAUGAUGAUGAUGAUGAUGAUGAUGACGAUGAUGACGAUGAUGAUGACGAUGAGGAUUAUGGUGAUAUGAACCGUUGGAAUCAGAAGACUGGGGAUGAAGAAAGGGAACUUCAAGAUGAUAACGCAGGUCUGGGCAGUAUAGUUUAUUGGGAUAAGAAGAGAAGUGAAGACAGGAGAGUGGUUUUCAAAGCUUCCAACGACACGAAAGGCAGUGAGCAGAAGGAGAGCGAAGACAACAGUGUUGAAAAAACUCGUUUGGGAUUGAAAGGAUCGUCUGAAGCUCUCAUGCAACGAAGUAGGCGACAGCAUAGCGGUCACCGUGGCAAGCACAGUACACUCAGUAGCUCUCGAUUGCUUGCUGCAGGGAAGCUUUUCGCAAUAGGGAGUGACCAACCACAUCAGCGAUCGAGUGUUAAGUUUGGAGCAUCAUCGCUGCCCGAACUGAAGGGUCCCCGUGCUAUGUCCAGAGCUUCUGUCAGACCCUCUGCUGAAGUGGAUUCUCAGCCUCUGAGUAACUUGAGAGAGCGCCAAUCACAUGCUUUCAGCUUGAGUAUGGAGCGCCAGCCUGGUCGUGGAGGGAAACUGGUGACCGUCAAGUCACACGCAGACAUUGCUGGCUAUGAAGAAAGCAGCUCUCGGCAGACGCGCAGUCAUGAUGAUAGAGUGUUGCAAUUGGGAGGUCCUUCUGGGCCACAGCUUCGUGAGCGACAACUGCAGGCAGGUUGGACCUCAACGAUGGGAUUGUCUGCUAAUCAUUCACACACGAUCAGCACCGGCAGCGCACCACUGCCGCAUCGGCGACUACAAGAGGUGAGACAGCAAACAGCUGAAAGGAAAGGUGGAGGAAUAUAAAGGGAUGACCAGGAGGGCAUGCCGACAUAGUCAGUAAACAACCACAACGCCA